AUGUUGAUAUCAUCAUUACCAGUGGAAUGGACAAAACAAAAUUCUUCUCAAGUUGACCCAAUAAAUAGAAACUACAUUUGCCCUUUUAUGAGUAAUUUAGUGGAGUUAAGUAAAAUUGGUAUUUUCAUUGAUUUUAUAAAAGGUCAAUCACGUAUUUACCGUGUAGUGACUUUUUUCCGUACGAAAAUACAUUUAGUUCAAUCAAAAGUGUUCAUUUUAUGGGAAAUUUGCCAUACUUUCGAAGGGGCCACAAAUUUAUCGGAUAAGCUAAAAGAACCUCGAAUCAAAUCACAAACAAAUGCUCUAAUUUGGACAUUAACACGUGCCACUGGGCCGUUUUGUGUUUUCUUAACUGUGUGUUUGCAUGCACAUGGACACAUUCACAGUCAAAUGUAUCCUGCUUCUGUUAAUUCACACCAAGAAUUUUGUCGCAAUCAAAUGGCAGUGAUUCCUCUUUGCUUAGUGCAUUUUAAAAAACUCUUGUGGAUAUUAAAUGAUGAGAGAGAGGUGAUUAAUCGCAAUAUUCUGGUGUGUGUUGUUCUAAGAUUUGCAUUUAGAAAGAGAAAGGGACCAUCACAAGCAAGGGAGUUGGGUUUAAAAUGUCAGAGCAGCCAAGGAGUAUUCGACCGACCUCUAAGGGCAUUUAUUAAACAAAUUAACCAAAUCAAAAUGUCAGGAUUUCAAUCAUGCAACCAAACCGACAAGAACCCAGUGUCAGCAUCAACUGAGAUAUUUAAAAUUGAAGUAGUCAUUUCAAGCUUAGACUACAUUGCCAAUCACUGUCAAAAAAUUCAUCCUUUUCUUCAAUUUUGGAGGAGUGAGUCAGAUGCCAAAAGUUUCGCUUGUUGGCAAAGACAUGGUACGGAGAAAGUUGGCCCUCUAAUCAAUUUUUGUAGAAAAUCACGAAUUGUAAGUAGUUUGGUUGUUGCUCUUCAACCAUGCAAUUAUAGAGGAAAUUAUGAUGGUUUCUCUUUUGAUUACGUGGUAACAACUAAAAUGUUCACAGACUUUGCUUUCACGGAAAGAGGGAAUUUAAUGGAAUUACUCCUUAAGACGUACUUCUUAUCCGGCUCUGCAGCAAUUGUGAGAUCUUUAAAAAGUGAAUUUAUUUUUCGUAUAUGUGCCUCACCAAAUAACACAACGUCGUCAAAAAUGCAUUUAUUUACUCUUCAGUUGCAUAAUAUCGCCAUUAUUAAUACCGUAGGAAUAUUACAUAUACACAUGACAUAA